CCAACAACGAAAACGGAUUUGGGGGAGUCUGGAAGAAGCAUAAAUUCUUGAAGGUUUCCGAAACUGUGUAGCGCAGUGAAAGAAAAAAAAACUAGGGUUUCAUCUUUGGCAUCGAAUCUUCUCCACAAUGAUUUACGACGUUAACUCUCCUCUUUUCCGAUCCUUCCUCAGCCAGAAGGGAGGCUCCUCCGAUAAGAGGAAAACUGAUGAGCUGAAGCCUAAAGAGCAGAAACCCAAAGCCAGUGAGAACAAACCUAUUAUGACAGAGUGAUAACAGCUUGGCUGCAUUCAGUUGUAGAAUGAAAAUAGGUGGUAGGUAUUGUGUUGGUACUACAAAAUUAAGACCUCUUUGGCUGUGUUCUGAGGUAUGUGGUGAUUCUUGAGUUUGUUACUGUAAUGGUUUGAUUUUGGAUGUGUGGUUAUAAUGAAAAAUGUAAUGGACACAAUGUGAACUUGAUGCACACAUGCAAUGAAGCUACUCGUUUAAAACUUGUUUGAAA